AUAUUUAUAUACUUUAUGUGAGGAAAUUUUAUAUCAUUACAUAAAAAUAAAAGAUGGGGUCAUUUUUAUAAUUAUGUUAAAGUUAAGUCCUCAUACGAAAAAAGUAAAAACUAGAAUUCAUUCUCUGCAAUCUUCAUUCUCAUCAGCCUGACUUCAAAAACAGAAAACAAUAUUAUAUCAUAUUUUCUAUCUAAAAUGAGAAGAGACCUACAAUUGAUCUGAUUCAUGGAAGAGUACCGAUAAUUUGCAGCUUCUUGUUCAGCCCUAAUAUCAAAGCAAACAAUCCAAUCAAUCAAUUUAUUUAUAACUUCAAAUUCAGCUGCGAUUCUCGUUUAGAUCUUUGCGCUAGCCUUGCUGUUCAGAGUUAAGCUAGUGAGAGUGGGACAUCCUGCUCGCUUACUUCCUCAAGUAUUGGAUACUGCUUUACAUGCUCAGGUACUAUCUCAUGGAUAGAAGUUGGACCAAUGAUAAAAAUAGAUUUUCUAAGACUUAUAUUGAAGGAGUGGAAUCAUUUCUUGACUUCGCGAAAGAAAAUGUUAAUAGAUCCGAUGAUUUGCUUCGAAGUCCGUGUCGUUGUUGUCUCAAUACAAGAUUCAAAACUUUUGAAGAAGUUAAGCGUCAUCUGCACCUGAAUGGUUUUUCUAAUAGUUAUACUAAAUGGAUAUAUCACGGUGAUAAAGUUAGUACAUUUGGUGAUAGUGAGAGUAACGAAGAUGAUGAUAAUCUUAUUGAUAAUGAGGCAAACGAAUCGAAUGAAGAUAUAUAUGAUAUGCUGUGUGAGCUAGGAGAAAGAGAACCAGAGUGCUUUACGAAGCUUUUUGAAAAUGCAAGCAUUAAAUUGUAUCAUGGUGGUAAGGUAUCAUUGUUGUCGGUUGUGAUUAAAUUGAUGCAUAUCAAGGUAAAGAACAAAUGGAGCAAUAAAAGCUUUGAUAUGUUACUUUUGCUUUUGAAAGAUAUCUUACCUGAAGGUAAUACACUUCCAUCUUCAUUUUAUGGUGCUAAAAAAGUCUUAGAUGAGAUGGAACUAGGUUAUCAGGAAAUUGAAGUGUGUAAACAUGAUUGUGCAUUGUUUUACAAGGAGAACGAAAAUGAAGAAAAGUGUCUUGUGUGUAGUGAACCUAGAUGGAAGUUUACUAAGGGGAAGGGCGGGAAAACUCCUCACAAAAUAUUAAGACACUUCCCAUUAAAAUCACGACUACAGAAACUUUUCUUGUUUAGUAAAACAUCAUCAAAUAUGAGAUGGCAUAAAGAUAAACGCAAAGAUGAAGAAGGUGUUAUGAGACACCCGGCUGAUUCUCGAGCAUGGAAGCACUUUGAUGAGAAAUUUCCUCAAUUUGCUCAAGAUCCUAGGAACGUGAGAUUAGGUUUAGCUGCUGAUGGUUUUACUCCUUGGUCGAACUUAGGCAGUUCAUAUAGCAUGUGGCCAGUAAUACUUAUUGCUUAUAACUUACCAGCCUUUAUGUUCAUGAAAGAAGAAUUUCUUAUGAUGUCAUUGCUUAUUCCUGGUCCGAGUUCUCCGGGAAAGGAUAUUGAUGUUUAUCUUAGACCGUUAAUUGACGAGUUGAAAGAUUUAUGGGACAACGGUAUUCAAACAUAUGACUCUUUUAGUAAAGAGAUUUUUCAAAUGCAUGCUGCACUUAUGUGGACAAUAAGUGAUUUUCCUGGGUAUGGUUCACUUUCCGGAUGGGUAACAAUGGGUAAAAUGGCUUGUCCUUGCUGUGUCAACCAAACUCGAUCAGAGCAAUUAAGAUCGAAAACUGGCUUUGUAGGGCAUCGUUGUUUUUUGCCUAAGAAUCACGCAUGGCGCAAGAAUAGAACAUCUUUUAAUGGUAAGGAAGAACAUAGGUUAAAACCUAAACAUUUGUCUGGUAGUGAUGUGUUGUUUUGGUUAGAUGGUUUGUUGGAUAAAUUUGGUAAGCCGGGGAAACAUCAUCUGAAUCGAAAAAGAAAGAGAAAUGGUAAUCAAGAUAAUCAAGCAAAUUGGGUGAAGAAAAGUAUUUUUUUUGAGUUACCGUAUUGGUGCCACUUAUUAAUUAGACAUGUUCUUGACGUGAUGCAUAUCGAAAAGAAUAUAUGUGAUAAUAUAUUGGGGACACUACUUGACAUCAAUGGCAAAACAAAAGACAAUGAAAAAGCACGCGAAGAUUUGCGUGAUUGGGGAAUCAGAGAAGAGCUGCACAUGAAAGUACGUGGAAUCGACAACAAGCCUGUAAAGCCCAUGGCAUGUUACACAUUAUCUUCUACUGAAAAAGAAAAAUUCUUAGAGUUCCUAAAAUCCGUCAAACUCCCUGAUGGUUAUGCUGCAAAUAUUUCUAGAUGCGUGAAGGAGAAGAAGUUAACCGGUUUAAAAUCACAUGAUUGCCAUAUUCUUCUUCAAAGACUCAUUCCUGCUGGAAUACGUGGCUACUUAAACAGAGAUGUAAGUGAUGCUCUCUGUGAGUUGGGUGAGUUUUUCAGGGAAUUGUGUUCUAAGACAUUGAGAAUAAAAGAUGUAGAAAGAUUGGAGAAAAACAUUCCAUUGAUAUUAUGUAAGUUGGAAAAAAUAUUCCCACCGGCAUUCUUCACUGUUAUGGUACAUUUGGCUGUUCACUUGCCCCGGGAGGCUUUGAUAGCAGGACCUGUACAUCAUCGUUGGAUGUAUCCAAUCGAAAGGAACUUAGGUUCCCUAAAAAGAUUGGUACGUAAUAAAGCGCGUCCUGAAGGUUCAAUAGCAGAAGCAUAUAUUGUCAAAGAAAGUCUGAAUUUUAUAUCGAUGUAUCUCAUGGGAAUUGAAACUAGAUCCAAUCAGCGAACUAGGAAUUAUGAUGGUCCCCCGUGUGGAGAAGUAGAAGAUCUUUCAAUUUUCUCAAUGAGAGCACGCCCAUUUGGUCAUGAUAGAAGUAGAGUUGUUAAGUCUGGACCAUCUAUCUCAGAUCAAGAAUUAGAGAAGGCUCAUCACUUCAUCUUAUGCAAUUGUGAAGAGGUGGAAUCAUAUAUGAAAACCUACAAGGCUGAAAUUCGUGGUGUUGCAUUAAAAAAAGUUGAUGAAUUUGAACUGACUAAUUUAGAAUUGAAACAAUUCUCACAAUGGUUAAAGAAUCAUAUUAAUAGUUUGCGGAGUAAAACAACUUCUGAGGUUACAGAAGGAUUGUGGGCUCUUGCAAAUGGACCUUUUAGGCUUGAUACAAAAUGUUAUACAGGGAGCAAGAAAACAAAACAAGUGGAUAAACAUUUCAUAAGUGUUAAUAUAGGGUCAAGAUGGUACAAGGAAGAUCCUUUUGUGUUACCUAUUAAUGUGAAGCAAGUAUUUUAUGUUAAUGAUACAAAACUGGGGAAGAAUUGGCAGAUAGUGCAAAGAGUGCAACAUAGGCAUUUAUGGGAUCUUCCACGAGUGGAACCUGAAGAUACUAAUGUUAAUUCUUCUCACUUGCAACAUCCAUUGCAGCAGUUUGAAUCGGAUGGAGUUCAAGAAGUUGUUGAAAAUGAAUAUGUAUCAGGAAAACUCGUAAGGGAUGAUUUAGAACCUGUUGAAGUUGAUGAGCUAUUAUUUCACAAGAUUAGGAAUGAUAAUAAAUCACGGAAUGAAGAGGAAGAUGAUAUAGAUGAAGAGGUUGAAUUAGAAUAUUCUGAAAAUUUAACUUUAGGAGUUGGUGAGGUUGACUAUGACUACGUGAGCACCGAUGAAGAUGGAGAAUCUGAACACCUAUCAGAAAGUGAUGCUGAAGAUCUUGAUAUAUAG